CAAUGACAUUCAUUGUAUGCUGUUUCGAAAGCAUUCAGCCUUUCAGGAUCGUGAGUCGUGACUGAUGUCGGUGAUGAUAUGACGGGAGUGCACAACCAACUCAAAUAAGUGUGGCUUUUCAGAAGUCCAUUAUUGAAAACACUUGAAUUCAGUGGAGGUAAGGAAUGAUUUUAUUUGUUGGCACAUCAAUCAGUGAUGUGUUUGUUGGCUAAAAUCGAGGCGGACCAGGACACCGACAGGAAUUUGGCAGUUUUGUUCCAGUAUUGUAUGCUUCCCAGACCUAACUAGCAGUACAGUAAGAUAGCGGGAUAAUACUAAUUGCACUAUCCUGAGCCUAUGUCCUGGGAAUCAUAGCGGCUGUAUGCGCUGACUGGGUAGCACUGCUCCGUACAGAGUACUGGGCAUAGCGUGCACGACACCCGCGACAGCUGACACAGACUCUACAGAGAGCGGGUGGGAGAAAAACGAGCAGCAAUUAUUAUUGGCUUCGAACCAGGCGUCCCACUGGGGCAAGAUUCCCAGGUGCAAAGGGCCAAGACCCAGUAUUUCUUUCCAUGAAUACAGUCCAGACCAAACUGACGAUUCGUACCUAAUGCAGCACCCUCUACAUGAGUUCUGUAGCAAUGACUGAAUCACUGCUAUAGUCGCUAACCCAGUCUGGAUGACGCUGAACUACAUGAAGGUCAUUUGGUACACUGAGCUCCAUUCAAACUGCACGGCACUUAACGUACGAGCCUACGAUCCUUUAGCCGUGUUAGCCCCAGUUUGCUGUAAAACACAGUAGCCGGCAAGCAGAUCAGUCGACGGGGCUCGCCACCAGUGUGAGCUUAUCCCGAGCACCUACAUACCGGAGAGAGUGCAGUGAUCAGUCGGCCUUCAUCGUUGGAAAUGGCAUCGAUCGGUGACGUUGCACUGAGUGCCACAGCUAAUGGCACCGCUGUUACAAGCAGUGUGUCAAGCAGACAAGCGGCAGACUGUUUCCUUCUCAUGGCUGUAGGGCAGAUUGAAUCAGCAGAGUUACCGGAUCAUGACAAUCUCUACUGUCGCUACAGCUUUGUCUAUGGACAAGAUUGGGCAGUGGCAGCUGGUCUGGAAGAAGGAAUUGGGCAGAUUGCGCAGAAGAGAGUGGACGGCAGUGGAUCUCUUCUAGUCUGGAACUUACCGCUGGACAUCUCUUUCAAGAGCACGAAUCCAUUUGGUUGGCCACAGCUGGUUGUAGCGAUCUAUGGUCUGGACCUGUUUGGACGUGACGUCGUGCGUGGCUACGGAUGUGUUCAUCUGCCCAUGACACCAGGCAGGCAUUGGCUGAAACUUCCCGUUUUCGUCCCGCAGCCAUCCUCACGAAUCCAAGCGAUAUCGAGCUGGCUAACUGGUCGCUAUCCAGAAUUCAUUGAGCUAGGCUUCGUUGCCAGAAGUCGUGGCCGAGAAGUGACACAGGUGUCAACACAAGGACACGUGACUGUGAUGUUGAACAUUGUCACCAAGGACCUGAAAACGCUGGGAUACUCUGCGGGACAGCCGGCACUCCCCGUUGACAUGCCCACAAUGGCACAGAGCAGGGUGUCGGCGGCGGCUGGUGAGAAGAAGACAUCAUGAGAUGCACACGACGAGCGGUGCGAGAUGAGAAGCCGCUUGCCGUGUUUUUCUGGGCUACUGUGCUGUUGACAGAGACCUGUGCAUGGCUGACCAGUCAGCCUUGAUGCUUUCACUGUGACUGUACAUGUUGAGAUAGCUGACGGACAUACUGCCACAAGUCAGCAACAGUAACCUGUCUAUAUACCAGGGUCAGCGCUGUAUGCAAACACAAUGGCCCCUGCAUGCAGCGCCAUCAUGCCCACUCAUUACAGAUUGAAUGUAGCUAUCCAUUGUCUCCUCCACUACACAAUUAUCCAAUGAAAUCUGAACAUCUGAUUUCUCUCUCUCCUCUCUCUCACUCUCUCUCUCUCUCUCUCUCUCUCUCUCUCUCUCUCUCUCUCUCUCUCUCUCUCUCUCUCUCACACACACACACACACACACACACACACACACACACACACACACACACACACACACACACACACACACACACACACACACACACACUCUCUCUCUCUCUCUCCCUGGUCCCGAGCCCGUGACAUCCGUUUGUGCUAUACCGUUAAUGGUAUACCUGUGCAAGGUUGCGGGGAGCCUGGCGCUGUAGUUCAGAUUUCAGUGAUUAUUUAAACUCAUUUUCGGAGUGUAUCACGGCUUGACGCUAGAAAUUCCUGAGCAGCUAUGCACUUGGAGAGUAUGAGCCAGCCUGCUAAAUGAGCUCCACAGUAACACCAGGCGCUGAAGUCAAUGACAUCACUGACGGUCGAGUCCAGAGUCAUGACAUCACUGAUGAGCCAGAGACUAGCGGCAACAGCAUAUGAAUGCUGCAGAGGUCAUGCAACUGAUGCCAUCACGGUAGGGAGUCAGCAGAACCGCUUAUGGGCACUAUCAAAAGUACAUAAACUCCCAAGAAUGUGCAACUCUAGAUACUAGUACUCUUUCUAUGGGGUCUGCCGACAGUGAAAACUCACAUCGCAUGGUGUAGUGUUCCCAAUGUACGUUCCCAGCCUGUUCAGUUAGUGACCAACAGAGGUAAGAAAACAGCCAUCAGCAUGAUCAUGGUAGAUAUUUCCGAAUUUCGCUCACGCUAUCCUUCGUCGUACAUAGUACAAAUCGUACCUGGAACACGUGAGAUAAGUUAUCACCGCCGGAGACAGUAUAUGCAGAGUUGCACAAUCUUGGGAGCUUAUUUACUCUUGGCGCUAUGUAUAUGGGCUGAGUCAGCGGAACCGCGUAUGGACGCCGCUAUGUAUACAGCGGGAGUCAUUAUGUAGUGAGUCGCUAGUGUAUCGCUGCGCCGCAACUUUCCCAAAGCAUCUCAGCUGAUGAUGUCAUCACAUAAUCUCUAUAGGUAUAGUCUUUGCUGCAUGUAAUCCAGUGACAUCAGAAGGUGUGGCACACACACACACACACACACACACACACACACACACACACACACACACACACACACACAUACACACGCACACAUGUAUGCCAGACACUCCAUGAGCACUUGUCAUUCCUUAGCAACUGUAUUCCCGUUUGAAAGAAGAAGAUAGCAUUAAAAGCUGCCGGAUA